AUGGUUCGUCGUAAAAAAGAUUCCGAUUUAAGUGACGAUGAUGAACAACCAAUUCGUCGAAAACAAUCAAAACAAACUACAAAUGAAGAUGACGAAUCAUCAACACGAACUUCAUCAGGAACAUUACAAGUUCGAAAUAAAAUGGUUCGUCAAUUACUUUAUGCUAAAUUAAAACGUUCAAAAUCCAAAACUAAAUUAAAAGAACGUAAAGCAAGACAACAAUCAGAUGAACCACGAGAAGAACCAAAAACAAUUGAAAAAAAACGUUCACGUGAUGAAACAUGGGUAGAUGAAAAUGAUCAAGAAACACUUGAUGAUAUAUCAAAUGAUGAAUUAAAUAAUUAUUUCACACGACAAGGAGAUGGAAUUGAACCAAAAUUAUUAUUAACUAGUCAAGAAGGUUUUCCAACAUCAUUUACAAAUAAAUUUCUUAAAGAAUUAGCAAGAAUUUUACCAAAUACAACAUAUUUUCAACGGCGACAUCAUCCUAUUAAACGAAUUAUUAAAAAAAUGAAUAAAUUAGAUUAUACAGAUUUACUUGUUGUUAAUGAAGAUCAUGGAAAACCAUGUACUCUUUACAUAACUCAUUUACCUGAAGGACCAACAAUGAAAUUUCGUUUAACAAGUGCUCGUUUAUCAAAACAAUUACGUUCAAAUCGUGGUAAAUCAUGCGCUAAAUUAACUGUUCGACCAGAAAUAAUUCUUAAUAAUUUUAAUACACGUAUUGGUAUACGUGUUGGUCGUCUAUUAGCAGCAUUAUUUCCUCAUGAUCCACAAUAUAAAGGUCGUCAUAUAAUUACAUUUCAUAAUCAACGUGAUUUUAUAUUUUUUCGUCAUCAUAUGUAUUUAUUUAAAAAUGAAAAAAAAGUUGCUUUACAAGAAUUAGGUCCACGAUUUACACUUAAACUUAAAUCAAUUCAACAUGGUACAUUUGAUGCUUUAUAUGGUGAAUAUGAAUGGAUACAUAAACCGAAACAUAAAAUGGAUACACAGAGAACAAAAUUUUUUCUAUAA